CACCCAUCCACACUGGUUUGUCCGGUUACCAGUCUGCUUCCAGUGCAGCAGGUCACAGUGAUCGAUCGCAGGUUACACGAACCCUACCUGCAGCGGCCGUUUGCUUAUGAGAUCCGCUCCUGUAUUUAAGCGAUGCAGUAGACUCCUAAAUCGUGGCCUCGCUGGGGGUUAUUUAUGUCAUUCAUAUCCAACUUUUUCUCUCCUUAUUAGUUUAAAGAGUAACGUCACGGCGAUUGCGUUACAUCCCACGGGGAAAAUACGCCUCCUCUAUGUCCUUAACUUCUAAUAAUUACGUAGGUGAGCAAUUGUGUCCCAAUGCAUUGAACCGCCCUGACAGCUGAUGACUUUUUGUAGACUAAUCGUUUUAUAGUAUGCAUUUGGCAGACUGAGCAUUUUUCUUUAACAUCGAUUCAAUGGGAAGCCGAUCAGUGGCUGUUCCCACCAACCCCAAAAAGCAGCCUUUAAAAUACAAGUUUUGGGAAUGACGGCGGUGCGCUUCUCAUCUGUACAGUUUAUUCUUUUGUGAAAUUGCAGGAAGGGUUUAGUUUGACUGCCGAACCACACCCAAGGCAUUAGGAUCAUAUUUAUUUAGCGUAUUUGAGCGACGAGUCGUCGUCUCGCAGCCGCUGUGUACGUCAUGUCGUCGGCGCAUCAGUAAUGGACACAUGCAUAUAACUCGGCUCUUUUUGUUAUUGAUACACGAUCAGCAAAGGAAUCGUGCUGUCCAUGUUUUUAGCGAUGUAUUAAAAAGGUGACGAGCUUUAUACCUCAUGAAAUCCCACUUCCCAUGGAAACUAUGACUUUGAAAACAAAAUUUCCUAUACCAACACUAAUAUCUGUACAUAUUUUUCAUAGAAACUGGCAGAAUAUCAACACUGACUAGUGUUUUGGCCGCACCCUGCUAGUUUGUAUUUACCGUAGUUAACAAUAAAACUGCAGUGCGUGUCUCAAAUUGAUCCGAGCCAAAACCAGGAGGGUGGUUGUCUUCCUAGUUUGUCAGCAAACUAUUUUUUUGGCACUUGUAUUUUGUAUAGCGGUUGGACUGGUUUUUUGUUUUUCUGUGUUUUUGCCUGUAUGGAAAUUGCUCUUUUCCCCUAAACCUACAUUGAUUUUGGGUUAAUGUCUGUAGGAGCUACAGACGGGCUUCCCUUUUUUCCACGGUAUUCAUUGCAUGUGUCUUGAGCUCAUAGUUGAAAUGUUUUAAAUGCUGUGCAAUUCUGGCAUAUCUUAGUGAAACGUAUUGUAGAUGGCAGCAGUUCUUCCCUGCUUCCUAUUUUAGUAAAGGUCUGCUUUCUACAUAAAGCAAUGCUGAGAAUGCGGUGGUCAGUUUUUAGGAUACUAAAAGCUUAGUCAGGUGACUUUGCAUGUACUUUUUGGAAAACUUAGGACGCUGAGCAUGAGGGCUGGACUGUGACCCUGACUGGGCAAGGUAGCCUUUAACGUGUGAUAAAUGACUGAGGCGCCUACAGUGCUGGACAUCUAAGCAGGUUGAGGAAUAUAUAAGGAAGUGCAGUGUGAGAACGCAGCAGGGGAGGACUUCGGCGCGGGAGGAUGAGGAGGUUCCGGCGGCACGGGCAGGAGUCGCACAGGGACAAGCUUAAGCAGGAGCUCUACCAGUUCAACAAGACUGUAGAGCAUGGCUUUCCCCACCAGCCCAGCGCUCUGGGGUACAGCCCCAGCCUACAGCUACUGGCCAUCGGUACUCGCUCUGGCGCCAUUAAGCUAUACGGAGCACCAGGAGUUGAGUUCAUGGGGCUCCACGACGAGACCGCUGCUGUCACUCAGGUGCACUUCCUCCCAAACUUGGUUGAACUGGUGACUCUGCUUGAUGACAAUAGUCUGCAUAUGUGGACCCUUCGAGCGCACAACGGUGUCUCGGAGCUGCUGGAGAUCGGCCGCUUCAUACUGACUGGGCCUCCAGGUGCCCCUCCUAGUGUGACACGGGUGACCGCCGUGCUGGCACACUCCUCCGGAGAGCUGCUCCUCCUGGGCACCGAGGGCGGGCACGUGUUUGUGGUAGAGGUGCCUGGCUUCCGGGAAGUGGAGGAUAAGAGCAUCAGCCUGGAGUCCGUGCAGAGCCGAAUUCCGGAUGAUUAUGUGGGUCGCCGAAACCUGCAGUGUGUGGAGGCCCUUCAGGAGAACCCCCUGAACUUCCACCAGGUCCUAGUGGGCUAUGGGCGUGGCCUCAUUGUAUUAUGGGAUCUGGAUGCAAGACGUGCUGUGCAGCAGUUCCUGGGCACGCAGCAGUUGGAGAGCAUGUGGUGGGUGCCGGAUGGAGGGUGUGUUCUCAGUUGUCAUAGUGAUGGCAGCUACUGUCAGUGGAAAUUGGGCGAGGAGAAGACUCAGUCCGCGCCUCACAGGACGGAGACGCCAUACGGUGCCUUCCCAUGCAAAGCAAUUUCCAAAAUUGUACAGAUACCGACAGCAAAAGGGCCUCCAUUCUUAAUCUUCAGUGGUGGCAUGCCCCGGGCCAGCUACGGUGACCGUCACUGCAUAUCCGUCAUCAAUGGCAAGACCCAUGUGGCACUGGAUUUCACGUCACGCAUCAUUGACUUCUUCGUCAUUCAGGACUGGGACUGCCACAAAGGUGACCCGAGCGCGCUGGUGGUCCUGGCGGAGGAGGAGCUGGUGGUGGUGGACCUGCUGUCGGCCGGCUGGCCGGUGAUGCAGGCGCCCUACCUGGCUCCGCUGCACUGCUCGGCCAUCACCUGCUCGCACCACGUCUCCAGCAUCCCCCUGAAGCUGUGGGAGCGCGUGCGAGCCGUGGGCCAGCUGCAGAACACGCAGUCCUCACACCGGCCGUGGCCAUUGAACGGAGGGCAAAACCUGGCUCCGGACCCUCCCCAGCGGGACCUGCUGCUCACAGGUCAUGAAGAUGGUACGGUCCGUUUCUGGGACGCCUCGGGGGUUUGCCUGUACCCCAUGUACAAACUGAGCACCUCUAGUGUGUUUCACACUGAUGCCGACCCCAAUGACAACAUGAAUCAGGGAAGCGAGGGAGACUGGCCACCCUUCCGUAAGGUGGGCUGCUUUGAUCCCUACAGCGAUGACCCCCGGCUGGGGAUUCAGAAGAUACACUUGUGCAAAUACAGUGGAUACCUGGCCGUCGCAGGCACUGCGGGACAAGUUCUGGUGCUGGAGCUGAAUGACGAGGCACUGGAGCAGACCGUGGAGGUGAGCCUGGUGGAUCUGCUACUGGGCCAGGAGGGCUUCCGCUGGAAGGGCCACACCCGACUGGAGGAGAGGGAAGAGCCAGUGAAUUUCCUUCCGGGCUUCCAGCCCUUCGCUCUGGUGCAGUGCCAGCCUCCCGCCGUGGUCACGGCCCUCAACUUGCAUUCGGAGUGGAAGCUGGUGGCCUUCGGGACGAGCCAUGGAUUCGGCCUGUAUGACUACCAGCAGAGGAACAUCGUCCUGAUCAGGUGCACGCUGAGCCCCAGUGACCAGCUCGCCAUGGAGGGCCCGCUGUCUCGCGUAAAGUCCAUUAAGAAGUCUCUGCGCCAGUCUUUCCGCCGCAUCCGCCGCAGCCGGGUUUCUGUACGCAAGCAGCAUACCAACAACCCCGCCAAGGUUAGUGGGCCACCAUGUUUGUUUUUAGAAGUUUCCGGAAUACAUCUUGAUCCACACUUAAUUCUUCUCAUUUUCACUGUUAUGCUCCUGCCUACUUCCCCACGUCCAUGUGACCCAUCCAUAUUCCUGUUUCUGUAUCGCCUCCUCCUCCUCCUCUCCUUUUCUGACCAAUCCCAGCUACAGGAGAUAAAUGCUCGUAUGGAGGCAGAAGCUCUCCAAGAGAUGGAGCUGGCCCCGGUGCAGCGAAAGAUCGAGGCGCGCUCCUCUGACGACUCCUUCACGGGCCUGGUGCGCACUCUGUACUUCGCGGACACAUUCCUCAGCGACAGUACCCAUAGCACGGCAUCGCUGUGGGCGGGUACGAAUGGUGGCUCAGUCUUCGCCUAUGCCCUGCGCUUGCCCCCUAUCGAGCGGCGUAAUGAAGAGGUGGUAACGGCUCACCCUGCCAAGGAGAUACAGCUGAUGCACCGUGCUCCUGUGGUGGGCCUGGUAGUGUUGGACGGCCGUGGGGCUCCGCUUCCUGAGCCGCUUGAGGUAGCCCACGACCUGGCCCGUAGCCCAGACAUGCAGGGCUCCCACCACCUGCUGGUGAUUUCUGAAGAGCAGUUCAAGGUGUUCACACUACCGAAGGUGAGCUCCAAGACGAAGCUGAAGCUGACGGCAGUGGAGGGCUCGCGGGUCCGGCGAGUGGGCUUGGCCUGGUUCGGCAGCAGCCGGACGGAGGAAUAUGGAGAGAGUGGGCUGGUGGUGCUGACCAACCUGGGGGAGCUGCACGUGCUGUCGCUGCCCCACAUCAAGAUGCAGGUGCACUAUUCCUGCAUCCGCCGGGAGGACAUCAGCGGAAUCGCCUCCUGCGUCUUCACGAAGCACGGCCAAGGGUUCUACCUGAUCUCUCCCUCCGAGUUUGAGCGGUUCUCCUUGUCCGCUCGCUGGAUUGUGGAACCCAAGUGCUUGGUGGAGGUACCACCCCCUCCAUCCACCUCCUCAGCCUCUCCCACCGCAUACAGGACGCAGCCCGAUGGGAUGGCCGUCAAGCAUCGAAAAGACAAUGAAGAAUCCGAAAGUUCCGCCAAGCGUGUCAUGGAGCAUGCCUUGCUGAAUGAUGAGACCGUGCUCCAGCAGAUCCAGAAAGCAUUAGAAGGAGAUCAGACGACACACGUUGAAAACAACAUGAAAAUCAAGCCAAGACGAGGCAAUGUGAUGAGCAAUGGAGACUGAGCCCCUCGUUGCUGUGCCUGAAAUACCUUGGAAUCCACCAGCACUGCUCCUGAUAGCAAUGACACUACUACUGCUAACAAGACCACUACUGACGCCUAACCCCCCAGCCCUGGAAGGGCACCACUGACGCACCGCUACUGAGUAGGGAGGAAGGGCAGAAGGAAGUGCCGCUUGUGCCUCAUCCAUCCGCUGUCUCUCCGCCAACCUUCCUUCCGUAUGCGCCCAGCUGUCCAGUCCCCCAUAAACCUCCUUGGUCCCUGACACCAUGAGACCAACCAGCAAAAACUCAAACGUAACACCUUGCCUUACCUUUGACAGUAAGCGGGGAAUGCUUAAAAAUGUUUUUAGUGUGAUGGAAGAGUGCCGGGUCGAAGAGCCUCUUUUGAAAUCUUUUUAUAUUUAAUUAGACUUUGGUUUUUCUAUUUAAGGUAAAUCCUGUUGACUCUGAACCUCUUAUUCGUACCAGUUAAACGAAAACAGUAACACUAUUUUAGGAGGGCUUGUAUAAGGCACUAAUUAAGUGCUACUAAUCAGUUCUUUAUUGGCAUCUAAUAAGGGCGUGUUGGGAACGUAAUUUUUUAUACAAUGUUUGCUAAUUCAGCAUUUUGAAGAUAUGUUUUUAUGCUUUUUUUUUUAUUUUUUUGCAAGUUAUCCGUUACUGUUUGGACAAUAAUUACUGAGAGGUUGAGUCUGUGAAGUCUGUGAAGUGUGUGUGUGUGUGUGUGUGUGUGUGUGUGUGUGUGUGUGUUUCCCACCCCUGUUUUCUUAGCAGACUGACAACUAACUCCAGUAUUUCUCACUGAAACCAUUUAGAAAUGGUUUCAAUUAUGUAUUUUGUCCCUCAUUCUGACUUUUAAAUAAACAUGGUCGCCCUAGUAACGAGCAAGCAGAGUGUAUGUUCAGUUUGGUUGAGCUUGGCUGCACAUGGCUUUGAAUUCUGUAGUGUAGUAGGCGUUUGUCUUGAAUGAAUGACUUGGAGGAAAUGGGUGAAACGCUUGAACGAUAUAAAAUAACAAUACUGGAAUUAAGUGUGGAGCAACUGAUGAACUGAGCUGCUAAGUGAGAUCCAGUGUACUUAAAAUACGAACGAUCGAUUCAGCUGAAGUAGGGCUUGUCUUAAUGUACAUACAAAAUUUGCUUGUGUCUCAAGUAAUGUAUCCCUACACAUGAGUUCCUUAUGCAGUAGUGAGUGUGUCUAAGUAUCCCAACAGCCGCUUAUCUGCCAAUGUAGUUGCCAUUUGGCACCCAAUUAGUCCAUUAUACUUUGCCGCUUAAAAAGGUGUCGCCAAAGUAGAAGAAUUGCAGUUUAUAUUGAAGUCUAACACUUGCAUUGAAAGCAAUGUUAUUGGAAAUGUGCAGACCUACCUGUAGACUACAGAGCAUCAAUAGACAUGUGCAGUGAAUAUAUGACAUUAAAGGAAAUAAGAAUGCCUUUGAACUGCAUUCAUACAACCCCCUGACAAUGUCAGCCGCCUUGCUGUCAUUGUCUUGGCACAUGUAGUUCAAGGGGACUAUUAUUAUGCUAAUUAUUAGGUACUUUUUCACUGCUGUGUAGCACACACAUUUUGUACUUUUUGAGAUGAACAGCUUUUUACAGGGUCUUUCAUUUUUGUAUGUAAACAAUGAAAAUUGUAAUUUAGGAAUGUAAUUUUUAAAUAUUGUAGUGAAAUGUUUAAUAUAUAUGUAUAAUGAAAAUCCAUACUUGUUUUUAUAGAGGUUUGAGGGGAGGGGGGUUGGCUGCUAUAUCUUGCAAGGAAAUAUUUUGGUACCAACUCCCAAAUGCUGGGUAUUUUUUAGAUUAGUUUAUAUUUUUGUAGUGAUUCAAUGAGUAUGAGAACUCUAAUAUGACAUGUAACUCCACACUACAGUAUGUCCUGCUGCAAGAGUAAAUCAUUUUUCACAAGAA